AUGGCUCGCCAGCAACUGGAAGUAGUCAGCACGUCUCUGGUCAGGCUGGGCUGGCUGGUCACCAUUAUCUGCUGUGCCCUACCCUUCUGGCGUGGUACAAAGGUUUCUGAAGAGAUGAUAAUUUGGGAAGGGCUGUGGGACAUGUGUGAGGCUCAAGGACUUGAGAUCCUACGGUGUGUGAAAUACUCACGCUUUACACUACCGCAGGACAUCCAGGUGUCUCGAGUUCUGGUGGUCAUCUGCAUCGUCAUCACCUGGAUGGGUUUGGUGCUGGACAGGUACCAGGAAGACAGCGCAUGUGAGCCAAAUACAAGCACUAAAGGAAAGAUGAUGGUGUUGACAAGUGUGUUGUUCCUGGGGCUUGGUGUGCUGCUGCUGCUGGUGUCUGUGUCCUGGGUAACACACAAUGUUGUCAAAGGCAACUCUCUCUCUCUGCUGCUCAUGGAAACCAUGAUGGGAGUCUCACUCUACCUGGGCUGGCUCAGCUCCCUGCUGCUUCUGCUGGGAGGGGCCCUUCUAGGAGGGGCCCACCUGUGGUACAAGGCCCCAACGAACAAUGACCAGCCCAGUUCUCCUGAGGGCUCCAGGGAUGGGCCCUCCUCAGAGAACAAUGAAUAA